CAGGAGAGUCGCUUCGUCUGGACAGAUGUCCGUGCGGGCUACGCCGUGAUCUUCCUGGCCAAUCGACUAAACAUGUUGUAUCCAAACACUCUGGGAAUUCGUCAGUAUCAGCACAUACCUCAUGUGGGCUGGUACUUCCGCGCUUCGUGUCUAUGCUAUCAGCGACCGCAGUUUGCCGCUUGCUGCCCUGACAGCAAUACUCGCUGUGGUGCCAGCUGCGAUUAAUAUUAUACAAGACAUCAACAUCCUUUCUUACUUGGAAAGCUUCGGCAUGUCAAUGAUCUGUGACACAGACGUUAAACUUCCGACACGGACUAUUCACGAAACCUCCCUGAUAGCCUCAGACGUUAUCGUCUUGCUAGUCACUUGGUGGCAAUUGCACGGGUGUCUCAUAUCGGCGCAGAGACAGUCUCGUUCUGCACUCGCCCUACUAUUACUGAAGGAUAUUCCUCCUGUUCAACAUCGCCCAGAUCAUUUCACAAAUUCAGUUCGGCGACGAAUUUAAUCCAAUACCAAGCUUCAUGCUCCCUAUGACAACAAUCGUGAUCUCUAGGCUGAUUCUUAGCCUGCGCCGCCUAUCAUCGACUAGACAAUUCCGAAGCAACACUACCACAACGACCAUAGAUGUCCAAGCGUCGUUCCAUCGCUCUCUCUUAUCAACCAUGGCUUUCC